UCCGACUGCGAGUGUCUAUCACGGGAUGACAACUUCAGCUGUGCACCCGGUUCAUGCUGAGCUCAGACAGGCUGGAGGCAUGUUCUAUGACUUCCCCGGCUCUGCUCGGCCUCCUGCUUCUCAAUUUUUCUACUCGGCACAGCCUAUUAUGUACGCGACGGCUGCUCCUCAUUCGCCUAUGCAGACAACCGCAAUCGCACAGAUGCCUCCAGCAUCUUUAUCUGACAAGAAGCGCGAGUUGCAGUAUGCUAUUCAACAGCAGCAGCAGUUGAGUCAUCAGCUGUAUGCUUCGGUACGUCAUUCGACGCCAUCUCCUCAGGGGCAGCCUUACGGAGUGCCCGCUGAAUACGUCGGCCAGGUGCCCGUGAUGAUGCCUGGCGCGACGGUGUUUGGAACUCCUAGCAACGGGAAUCAGGCACUAACAUUGUUCCAGCAGACCCUAAACCACGGCCGAAAGCUUGAUGGAGCUGUGGCCCCGAGCAUUACACUUAGGAGUCCCCUCCUGGAUGAGUUCCGUGCCAACAAGUCGCGCAAAUGGGAGCUCAAGGACAUUUUCGGCUAUAUUGUUGAGUUCAGUGGCGACCAGCAUGGUUCUCGCUUUAUCCAGCAGAAGCUCGAGACCGCGACUAGCGACGAGAAACAAAUUGUCUUUGAUGAGAUUGUCCCUGGUGCUGCCCUGCAGCUGAUACAGGACGUUUUCGGGAACUAUGUAAUUCAAAAGCUAUUCGAACAUGGUACCCAAGUCCAAAAGACGAUCCUGGCCAAUGCAAUGGAAGGUCAUAUACUGGCGCUGUCGUUGCAAAUGUACGGUUGUCGCGUAGUUCAGAAGGCAAUCGAGUUCGUCCUUCCGGAACAACAAGCCUCCUUCGUGAAGGAGCUGGAAGGUCAUGUCCUUAGAUGUGUAAAAGACGCAAACGGCAACCAUGUCAUCCAAAAGCUUCUUGAGCGCGUUUCCCCUGAACGUCUCGGGUUCGUUCAGGCCUUUAAAGGCAACGUGUAUGAAUUGUCGACACACCCGUACGGCUGCCGUGUCCUUCAGCGUGUCUUUGAACACAUGAAGGAAGAGCAAACCCGACCGCUCCUCGAUGAGCUGCACAAGUAUACCAUUAAUUUGAUGCAAGAUCAAUUCGGGAACUAUGUCGUGCAGUUUGUCCUGGAGCACGGCCCUGUACAGGAUCGUCUACUUAUCAUUAGCAAGUUACGUGGUCAGAUGCUCCAGAUGGCGAAGCAUAAGUUUGCGUCGAACGUCUGUGAGAAAGCUCUCGUAAUGGCCGAUUCGGAAAAUCGCCGUCUACUCGUUGAAGAGAUGAUAACUCCCAAGGCUGAUGGUGUCAGCCCGAUCGUGACUAUGAUGAAGGAUCAGUAUGCGAAUUACGUCCUUCAACGAGCGCUAACUGUCGUGGAGGGCGAUCAGAAGGAAGUCUUCAUCUCGAAGGUCAGGCCACAACUCGCGACUAUGCGCAGGUACUCUAGCGCUUAUAGCAAGCAUCUUAUUUCAAUUGAGCGUCUCUUAGAAAAGACAGUAACUCAAUCUUCAUCCACCAACUCUAACAUUACCCUAGGACCUGAAGGUGUACAGCCGGAAGGCGAACCCGCCAACGCGUCAUAAUAUUCUGCGGAAAGAUCUAAGUAGUUUAUAAUCCACCUUCAUUGAGGUUACAUUCGUUUCUACCAUCAAUUAUCCAUUGCUACAUACAGUCACUGCACAUCAACGCAUUUCACUGACCAUUUACACACCGGACUUGAUCAAUUUAUUAUUUGCAAUGUUUUCUUGUCCGAUACGUUGCCCCCUUGCUCUCGUUACCGUGUCAUAUGCUUUUUUUUCAACGUCCAUCGUCUAAUUUGCGCAUUUAUGUUUCACUUGUUCUUGCUUUCCAUCCAUUACCCACUACACCGUUAGUCUCCACUCC